AUGGUACGUUUUCAGGUUCAUUAUAAAUAUGCGGCUAUAUUUAGUUGUUGUCUCGUCUUCGGCCAGCAUGGAAAAAGAAGGACGAAAAGAAAAAAGUUGAGAUCCCAGAGCUUGAGCAGUUUUUAGAGAAGAAGGAUUACACAGGUGCGAUCUCGCUUUUAGAGGCAAGUCUUACAGUAAUACAUGGCGCACACUGACUACAGAGGUUACUAUGUGUUUAAAUUUAGCAUCGACAGAAAUCCAAUGGUCUGACGAUUGAAGACUCAACUUGGCUUGGAUAUUGUUCCUACCAUGCUGGUGAUUUUAAAAAAGCAGCGGCUGCUUACAGUUGGAUAAUGGCUCAGCCCGACGCUCCUCCAGAAACCUUUGUAUAUCUUGGGUGCUGUUUCUUUUUUAUGGCCAUGUACGAAGAUGCACAACAAUGUGCUGAAAGGGGGCCCAAAGGACCAUUACAGGUACGACAACUUGACAUUUUUUUAUUUUUUACAGAACCGUUUAUUAUUUCACAUUUCGCACAAAUUACGUGAUGAAAAGAAAUUAAUGUUGCAUCAUUCACAACUCAAAGAUUCCAUUGAGGAUCGAAUAUGUUUGGCUGCAAUGCAUUACCUUCGCGAGCAUUACAAAGAAGCCAUCGAUGAAUAUAAAAAGCUGUUGAAGGAAGAACCAACGUAUUUGGCGCUUCACGUCUAUCUCGGCUUGUGUUAUUACAAGCUGGACUACUAUGAUGUCUCUAUUGUAAGCGUAUCUUAAGUCUCUGUUAAUUUUUAGCAAGUUCUCGAGAAUUAUUUGUCUGUUCAUCCGGCAAGUCCCAUCGCAGUAAACUUGAAAGCUUGCAAUCAUUACCGACUUUACAACGCCAAAGCUGCUGAUAAUGAGCUGAAAGCGUUGAAGCAUUUGGCCAAGAGCGACUUGCACUUUGGAAAAGACAUUAUCACUCAUAAUACGGUAUGAACUCAAAAUAAUAAAGGACUUAAGACGUUUUAGGUGGUCUUUCGGAACGGCGAUGGAGCAUUACAAGUUUUGCCCGCAUUAGUUGAUGUAGUGCCAGAGGCACGAUUAAAUCUCUGUAUUCACUACCUGAAGAAACGUAUGUUCAGUUCCUCAAUCUUUUUGUGUAUUAACCGAUAUACUAUUCAGAAAACAUAGAUGCCGCUUACGAGUUGAUGCAAGAUAGGGAUACUGGCGUUGGACAAAAUCCCCUUCUCCGAGCGAUUACCUACACCUUCAAAGGGUACGAGGAUCGGAACCCUGAUAUGCUAGAGAAUGCCGCGAAAUUGUACAAAAGUUUCGGGGAUUCGGAAGCUGACUGCGAUACUAUUGCGGGAAGGCAGAGCAUGGCCAGCGCUGAGUUCUUGUGGAAACAGUUUGACAAUGCGUUAAUAUAUCUGAGGUCAAUCAAGGUUAGUGUCCUCUUAACACUUUUAGUUUCAGUUUAGAAAUUUUUUGAAAUGGAUGAUUUAUUCAACUAUAAUUAUGGCCAAGCAUUGGUGCAAGCGGGUGAAUAUGAAGAAGCGGAACAAAUUCUGGAGACCAUAAAAGAAGUGGAAUACAUUUAUGACGCCAGUUAUCUACAGUGUCUUGCACGAGCGUGUGAGUUUAUUGUGAAUUGAAAAGCUUUUUGUGAGACAUUCGAGACAAUGCGGGUUUUCAGAUGUCAAAAAUGGAAAACCGGAAAAAGCAUGGGAAAUGUGCAGAAAAGAGGAAAACGCUCAUGAGGUCGUUGAUCUGUUAAAUGUAGUAGCCAAUGAUUGUUAUAUUGUAAGUUUUUUAUAUGGAUAAACCAUAAAGCAUAGGCCCUAAAUUAGAAUUAAGUUUGUUGCAGGCUGAGAACUACUUUUUUGCCCUAAAGGCUUUCGAGGAAUUACAAAACAAAGAUACACUGGGACUCAAUGAAACUAAGUUUAUUGCGGCCAAAAAAGGAUCUUUCAUUGGAGUCUUGAAGAUGUUUUCGAACGGAAGAAUAACAAUGUAAGAGCAUUCGUAUCAACAGACACAACUUUUUAGUGAAAAUCUCCGAGAGGCUUUCAAAAUAAUGGAAAAAACGAAAGACGUGCCAAGUGUUGCAAACGUUCUACAUACAGCGCGAACAUGGGUUAACGAAGUUGGCGUUCUUCUGUGA